AUGACCAAUUUUACCGCAGAGGAUGCACUACACAUUUAUUCAGAUGCGUCUGAAAAGGCAAUAUCGGCUGUCUGUUUUGUGAUGACUGCAACUAAAACAGGGUUUGUGCUCGGAAAAUCAAGGUUGGCACCUGCAAACACAACCAUUCCACGCUUAGAGUUGUGUGCAGCAGUCUUGGCCACUGAGGUAGCAGAAAUUAUCUCGGAGCAUCUUGAUUAUCCCAUGGAGAGAUUCAUUUUUCAUUCUGACAGCAGAGUUGUUCUCGGGUAUUUGAACAAUCAGUCUAGAAGAUUUUACACAUACGUAGCCAACAGGGUACAAAUAAUCUUGAAACGCACUAAUGUCCACCAGUGGAACUAUGUACAUACAUCAAACAACCCAGCAGAUCUCGCAACACGUUGUGCGACACCUGCCAAGAAAUUGGAUGCAAGUAUGUGGAUUAGAGGACCGAAGACACUUCCGAAUGAAACACGUUCUCCCGACACAUUCACGCUGGUAGAUGAAGACAAGGAUAGCGAAAUUCGACCUCUUGUGAAGGUUUCAAAAGCAGACAUUAAUCGUGACAUAACUGAAACAUUUGAGAAAUUCUCUAGUUGA